UUCCUGAUUGGUCGGCAGCGCCCCCCGGGGCGUGCUUCCGGCGCGCGGAGGAGGGGCCUGUACGGGAGGGCGUGAAGAGGGCCGGGAGCUGAGGUUGUGGAGGCGCUUACCAGGACGGACAUGGCGUGUGGCUUCCGUAGGUCCAUCGCAGGUCAGCUUUCCAGAGUGUUGGAUCUUCCACCAGAAAACUUGAUCAAGUCAAUAUCUGCAGUUCCAGUUUCCAGAAAAGAAGAAGUAGCUGAUUUCCAGCUUUCUUUGGAUUCUUUGUUGGCAAACAAUAACCAUUCAAGCUCAGAUAUUCAAGUUCAAGCCAAGAGACUGGCAGAGAAGCUAAAAUGCGACACAGUUGUGAGUGAAAUCAGCACUGGUCGAGGGACUGUAAAUUUUAAAAUAAACAGAGAACUGUUAACAAAGACAGUAUUACAACAAGUAAUUGAAGAUGGCUCAAAAUAUGGAUUAAAAAGUGAACUUUUCUCUGGUGUUCCCCAGAAAAAGAUCGUGGUUGAAUUCAGUUCACCCAAUAUUGCCAAAAAAUUUCAUGUUGGACAUUUGCGUUCUACUAUCAUAGGAAAUUUUAUAGCAAAUCUCAAAGAAGCUUUAGGACAUCAAGUAACCAGAAUAAAUUACCUUGGAGAUUGGGGCAUGCAGUUUGGUCUUUUGGGAACUGGCUUUCAACUGUUUGGCUAUGAAGAAAAACUCCAGUCCAAUCCUUUACAACAUCUCUUUGAGAUUUAUGUACAAGUUAAUAAAGAAGCAGCAGAUGAUAAAAGUGUAGCAAAAUCAGCACAGGAGUUCUUCCAGAGAUUGGAACUGGGUGAUGCACAAGCAUUUUCACUGUGGCAAAAAUUUCGGGACUUGAGUAUUGAAGAGUACAUCAGAAUUUACAAGCGUCUAGAUGUCUACUUCGAUGAAUAUUCGGGAGAAUCAUUUUAUCGUGAAAAAUCUCGGGAAAUCUUAAAGUUGCUGGACAGUAAAGGACUCCUAAAGAAAACAGUAAAAGGAACUGCUGUAGUGGAUCUCUCUGGGAACAGUGACCCCUCUUCAAUUUGUACUGUAAUGCGAAGUGAUGGGACUUCUCUUUAUGCAACCAGAGAUCUUGCAGCUGCCAUAGAUCGAAUGGACAAGUAUAAUUUUGAUACAAUGAUUUAUGUGACAGAUAAAGGACAAAAAAAGCAUUUUCAGCAAGUGUUUCAGAUGCUGAAGAUCAUGGGAUAUGACUGGGUAGAAAGGUGCCAGCAUGUGCCCUUUGGAGUCGUGCAGGGAAUGAAGACUCGAAGAGGAGAUGUCACUUUUCUGGAAGAUGUAUUAAAUGAGAUUCAAUUACGGAUGCUACAGAACAUGGCUUCUAUUAAAACAACUAAAAAACUUGAGAACCCACAGGAGACUGCAGAGAAGGUCGGGCUGGCUGCGCUCAUUAUUCAGGACUUCCGCGGUGCACUGCUAUCUGACUACCAGUUCAGCUGGGAUCGUAUUUUCCAGAGUCGUGGGGACACGGGAGUCUUCCUGCAGUACACACAUGCCCGACUGCACAGUUUGGAAGAGACCUUUGGAUGUGGUUAUCUGAAUGACUUCAACACUGCUUGUUUACAAGAGCCCCAGUCUGUUUCAAUUCUCCAGCAUCUUCUCAGGUUUGACGAGGUGCUGUAUAGAUCAUCUCAGGACCUUCAACCCAGACACAUUGUCAGUUACCUUCUAACUCUAAGUCAUCUUGCAGCUGUGGCACACAAAACACUGCACAUAAAAGACAGUCCUCCCGAAGUGGCGGGGGCCAGACUUCAUCUUUUCAAAGCUGUCCGUUCUGUUUUAGCCAAUGGAAUGAAGCUUCUUGGAAUCACACCUAAUCUGUGUGCAACUCUUUGCUACCUGAAGAAAUCCCGAAACUCCAUGCUGACUGCAAAAGAGAUCCACUACUGACUACCCACCCACCCAUAAAUUUCAUCAACGGGGUGAAACCAGUUCUUUCUGACCCAUGUAUAGUCAAAAGUAAGCCUCUGUCAGCUCCUCAUCUGGUGAAGACUAAUAGGAGGCAUAAAAUCCUUAGCUAGGUUACCAAGGACUGUGUUUAUAAUGGAACACAGCAGCAUUUUUUAAUAUCUUAUUUCUUCCAUUAAACUUUAAAAAAUUUUUAAUAACAAUUAUACAAAUUAAUGGACUACAAUGCAACACUUUAAUACAUUACAGACACUAUGUACUGAUCAAAUCAGGAUAUCAACCUACUGAUGUUACUUUCCUCUUUUUUCUCAUAUAAUAUGUAAGAGGUUAUUGUGAACUAAACUCAGUCACCAGGCUAUGUAACACUGAGCACUUAUUCCUUCAGUCUAACUCUGAUUUAAAUACCAUUAUCCAAACUUCCAUUGUUAACCCCACCUACCAUCCCAGCCUCUAGUAAUCACUAUUUUGCAUUCAGAUUGAGUUUUGUUAUCUUCUACAUAUGAGGGACAACACGUGACAUUCGGCCUUCUGUGUCUGGCUUAUUUCACUUAACAUGAUGUUCUUCAGUUCCAACUACUUCAGAUUGCUACAGAUGACAGGAAUUCAUUCUUUUCAAAGGCUGAAUACUCAUGAAUUUAAGACAAUUAAAUUUUGUUAUAAAUUUCUUAUCAUCUGCAAAGUUAAGUGUAAUUAACUCAAUAUAUAACAGGAUAGGGAACCAUCUAUUUGCUGCCUACAAAAAACACACCUCACCAACAAAGAUACAAAUUGAAAGUGAAAGGAUGGAAAAAGAUAGUUCAUGCUAAUAGAAAGCAAAAAUGAGCAGGAGUAGCCAUCCCAAAAUCAGACAAGAUAGACUUUAAGACAAAAACUGUUAAACAAACAAGGACAUUUUGUAAUGAUUAGGGGAUCAAUUCAACAGAAAGAUGUGACUAAAAUAAAUGUACAUACACCCGAUGUCAUGGCACAAGACUAUUGAUAACAAAUGUUAACCAAUCUGGCCAGCACCACAGCUCAAUACGCUAAUCCUCCGCCUGCGGCGCCAGCACACUGGGUUCUAGUCCCGGUCGGGGUGCUGGAUUCUGUCCCAGUUGCCCCUCUUCCAGGCCAGCUCUCUGCUAUGGCCCGGGAGUGCAGUGGAGGAUGGCCCAAGUGCUUGGGCCCUGCACCCCAUGGGAGACCAGGAGAAGCACCUGGCUCCUGGCUUCAGAUCAGCGUGAUGUGUCAGCCGCAGCACGCCAGCCACAGCAGCCAUUGGAGGGUGAACCAACGGCAAAAGGAAGACCUUUCUCUCUCUCUCUCUCACUGCCCACUCUGCCUGUAAAAAAAAAAAAAAAGAGAGAGAGAGAGAGAGAGACAAA